CGGAGCAACACUUACCCAUGCACGAAUAACUCCACACUAACUUCUCCUCUUGAAAGCAGGAUUAGAGUUUUUUCAAGUCACUUCUUCGAACGUUGCUGUCUCCCUGUUCUAUACCCAUCGUUAGAAAGGGUAUAGCGUCUUGGCUGUCGCUGUGUGGAGCGGUAGACUCCACGGACGAACUGCCGAUGGAGCGGAGACAACUUCAGAUUUUCGCCCUUCUGGCCGGGCUUGCGGGCUCAGGUAUUCUGCGAGUCAGUGGGAUAACUAUAACCACACCUGGGGAGGUGGAAGCGGUUAAUGGGACCGACGUCAAGCUAAAAUGCUCUUUCACUUCCUCGGCAACCAUUGUCCCGUCCACAGUGACCGUGUCCUGGAACUUCCGGCAGCUGGGCAAGGGGGGUGAGGAGACGGUGUUUUAUUUCCAAAACCAGGCGUACCCACCCCCUUCGGGGCGUUUUAAGGGUCAGGUGGUGUGGGCGGGGGAUAUCCAGCGAGGGGACGCCUCCAUCAUGCUGCGGGAUGUGCAAUUCUCGUUCAAUGGUACCUACACCUGUCAAGUUAAGAACCCACCCGACGUGCAUGGUGUUGCUGGAGAGCUGGUCCUCAAGGUUGUCCAGUCAGCCUCCAUCUCAGAGAUCGUUCUUCUGGCAGCAGCUGUAGGGAGCGCCAUUGGACUGGUGCUCAUCAUCAUCGUCAUCGUUGUGUUGGUGAAGUUCUGCCGCCAGUGGAAAGGAGAAGGGGACACAGAGCUGUCCCAAUGGGAGGGGAAGGACUCCACUAUGUGCUACCCCGAUGAAACCCUGCCUUUGACCUCUCGCUUGGGAGAGGUCAAGUUGGAUGGCUCUGAUGAGACAAUCUUAAAGCCCUUCCCAAAGGACCCCAGUUCUGCUGAAGAGGAAGAGGAGGAGGAGAACGAGGAUGAGAAGAAGAGCUUGAAGGUGAUAGCAGAUGUGGCAACUGACACAGUAGUGGCCACCAACACAGGUGUGGCCACUGACACAGGUGUGGCCAACAAUACAGGUGUGGCCAAUUAUACUGGUGUGACAACUGACAUAGGUGUGGCAACAGACACAGCAGUGGCAACAGAAACAGCAGUGGCAACCAACACAGGUGUGGCAACCAAAACAGCAGUGGCCACCGACAAAAGUGAGGAAACUGACACAGGUGUGGCAACCGAAACAGCAGUGGCCACCGACAAAGGUGAGGAAACUGACACAGGUGUGGCAACCGAAACAGCAGUGGUCACUGACAAAGGUGAGGAAACUGACACAGGUGUGGCAACCGAAACAGCAGUGGCCACUGACAAAGGUGAGGAAACUGACACAGGUGUGGCAACCGACACAGAUGUGACAACUGACACAGGUGUGGCAACCGAAACAGCAGUGGCCACUGACACUAGAGUGGCACCUGACUCAGAUGUGGCAACAGACACAGGUGUGGCAACCGACACAGCAGUGGAAACUAACAGUGGUGUGGCCAACGACACAGGUGUGACAACUGACACAGAUGUGACAACUGACACAGGUGUGGCAACCGAAACAGCAGUAGCCACAGACACCGGAGUGGCACCUGACUCAGAUGUGGCAACAGACACAAGUGUGGCAACCGAUACUCUAGUGGCAACCAACACAGGUUCGGCCACUGACACAGGUGUGGCUAACAACACAGAUGUCAUGCCAGAGACAGCAAUAGAACAUCCUCCAGUCAGCUUAGAGGAAAAACUUGAGAAGGUCAGCAUUCCUACGGAGAAAGGAGAUGAACACUAGUUAUAACUGUUAUGAGAGGAGUUUCAGUAUAUUGGCAAGUUUCAGACAGAGCAGACAGCAAAUAUGACAGACACUGGCACAUGCAAAGAGGCCCUUCAGCAAAUGGAACAAAGCAUGCAGACUUUGUUUUCCUUCAAGGCUUGUGUUUUCCUGCUGUUCUGUUCUUGCCUAGACUUACUGCCACCCUCACUGUCAUUGGUUCAUCUGAAAUGAAGCCCUGAACACUGCCUCCCUGCUGUGGUGGGUGGUAAUUGCAGCAAAGUCUUCAAUUUCUCCUGUUGAAGAGAAGAUCCUGGCUACUCGGGGUAAUGCCUCCACAGUGCCCCUAGAGCUGAAGUGCUGCCAUUAUGCCCUUUACAGCCCCUUUGCCCUUGUAAAAACUGGGUGUGAUUCAAUUAUCUUUUCAAAAAUCAGUAAUCUUUUCAGUUUCUCUGUAUGCCCGAGCCUUUUGUUUACAGGCCCUUUUCACUACUUUCAGAAGAAUUGUUAUAGUUUUUUACUUUAGGUUUUAAAAUAUGUUAUUGCUGAACCACAACCUUACCUUCAUGAUGAAUCCUCAAUAUUGUCUGUCAUAAUCUGAAAUAGCACCUUGGGGUGGUUCUAGAUAAAUGCCUAUAUGACACAAAAAUGUUUUUGUAAGACUUCUAAGAAUCUAGUACUGACUUAGUCAAAUUGGCUUACCUCCAUGGUGAAUUAACGGCUCUGGGGUAUUCCUGUAAAUUUGUCUGCCAUUUUAGAGCUAGAGGACAUGUCAUGCCUCACUCUAUCAGACCCUUGCACUGCCAACACAAAAUCGCACCCACCUUCACUGUACAGAGUUUUGUGAAGCUUGAAAGGGUGAAAAGUGCUAUAUAAAUGCAGUGCAUUUUUAUUUGUUUUUAUUAAGACUUAUAAGCAGGCAGAGCUGAGAGGACCCAUGAUGCUUGCUGUGGACAUAGGGGUGUGCUGUGAAGGCCCCCUGAGAUUAUUGCUAUGCAGAGAGGCCUAAUCAGCCCUCCUCCCUCACCUGGCUGAGGGAGCAAAGGUCUGGGUGUACUGUCAGAUACAUGGCUCAGACUUGAUGAAUAUGAACACCGGUGUGAUUUCACAGACACAGGUGGGCAUUCGUCACACCUUCAUAUCCCUGGGUGCUGUUGAGUGACUGACAGUUGCCCAGUUUUAGUGAGGGUUUUUGAAUCUGAGGGAAGGUGCAGAAUCAAGAUCUGAAAACCCACAAAUAAAUA